ACUGUUCCACCUCCUCCCACCCAGUUCACCACCACCAUGAUUCCAAGCUUCCAGGCCCCUUUCUUCUUCCUGCUCCUGGUAACCCGAGAGCUUACAGCACAGGGAGGCAACUCAUCCCUGACCAGCAGCCCAGCCUCAAGCUCGUCCUCCACCUUGAGAAAGCAUAGCUCCUCGUCCUUGACCAGCAGCCCAGCCUCAAGCUCGACCACCAGCCUGGGAAAACUCAGCUCCUCAUCCUUGACCAGCAGCCCUGUCUCAGGCUCGAUAAUCACCCCAGCACAGCAUGGCACCUCAUCCCCGACCAGCAGCCCAGCCUCAAGCUCGUCCUCCACCUUGAGAAAGCAUAGCUCCUCGUCCUUGACCAGCAGCCCAGCCCCAAGCUCGACCACCAGCCUGGGAAAACACAGCUCCUCAUCCUUGACCAGCAGCCCUGUCUCAGGCUCGAUAAUCACCCCAGCACAGCAUGGCACCUCAUCCCCGACCAGCGGCCCAGCCUCAAGCUCGUCCUCCACCUUGAGAAAGCAUAGCUCCUCAUCCUUGACCAGCAGCCCAGCCUCAAGCUCAACCUCCACCUUGAGAAAGCAUAGCUCCUCGUCCUUGACCAGCAGCCCAGCCUCAAGCUCAAACACCAGCCUGGGAAAACUCAGCUCCUCAUCCCCAACCAGCCGCCCAGCCCCAAGCUCGACCACCAGCCUGGGAAAACACAGCUCCUCAUCCUUGACCAGCAGCCCUGUCUCAGGCUCGAUAAUCACCCCAGCACAGCAUGGCACCUCAUCCCCGACCAGCGGCCCAGCCUCAAGCUCGUCCUCCACCUUGAGAAAGCAUAGCUCCUCAUCCUUGACCAGCAGCCCAGCCUCAAGCUCAACCUCCACCUUGAGAAAGCAUAGCUCCUCCUCCUCAUCCUGGGCCAGCAGCCACACCACCAGGACUACCGCCAGUACCACUAACCAUAACAUGGAACCUCCCAUCUCCUCCAAUCAUAGCACUUCUCCCCAGUCUAUUAGGAUCUCCUUCUUCUUCCUGUCCUUUUCCAUUUUGAACCUCCAGUUUAAUUCUUCUCUGGAAAAUCCCAGCAGCAACUACUACCAGGAGCUGCAGAGGAACAUUUCUGAAUUGUUUUUGCAGAUUUAUGGACAGGAAUAUUUCCUGGGCCUUUAUAACAUCAGAUUCAGACCCGGAUCUGUGGUGGUAGAAUCAACUCUGGCCUUCCGAAAUGGUGCCACUGAUGCCAACAAGGUGAAGACACAGUUUGAAGACAGCAAAGAAGGAGCCAGAUAUAACCUGAACAUCUCGAGUAUUAGUGUGCGAGAUGUGUCCUUCCCUUCCUCUGCCCCGUUCAAGUCUGGGGUUCCUGGCUGGGGCAUUGCCCUGCUGGUGCUGGUCUGUGUUCUGGUUGCACUCGCCAUCAUCUAUGUUGUUGCCCUGACUGUGUGCCAGUGCCGCCGAAAGAACUGUGGGCAGCUGGACAUCUUUCCAACCCGAGACGCCUACCAUCCUAUGAGCGAGUACCCCACCUACCACACCCAUGGGCGCUAUGUGCCCCCUGGCGGUAAUAGACGCAGCCCCUAUGAGGAGGUUUCUGCAGGCAAUGGGGGCAGCAGCCUCUCUUACAUGAACCCGAACCCAGCAGCCACUUCUGCCAACUUGUAGGAGCACAUUGCCUGCCCAGCGGUCCAGAUGACAAUGCCACUUGCCUCCCCCAGACCCCCACCAGAGUCCUCUCCUCUCAACUGUGUUCUGGGCUGGUGAACUAGGGGGUUCAGGUGGGCUGUUCACAGACCCCACCAUGUCCCCUACCCCAUGUCAGCCCUGCUGAUGAAGCCCAUCCGAGCCCCUUGGGGACAGGGGCUCCCAGGAGGACUGACCCAGAAAGCCCCGGGUUGGAAGUACAAACCAGACCAUGGCUGAAUAAAAUGGGGACCUCAUCUGUGCUGACUGCCAA